UGUGUGUGUGGCAGGAGGCUGGGAGGCUGCCGCUGGCGGGAGGCUGGGAGGCUGCCGCUGGCGGGACUCUGGAUGUCUGCCCUAAGAUGUGGAACUGGGGCUUCGGAAGCAUCUUGUCAUUCUGCCCUGCUUCCAAGAAGAAGCAGGCAUUUGACUCCACUUGGAGAAUUUAGACUUUCGUGAGUUUGCUCUUAAGGUCAAUCCAUCAACUUGGAAGAUCAUUCUUUUUAAAAAUAUGUCUAUCAGGGGGUUGAAGAAAAAGCAGCCAAAAACUUUCAAAGUCAAAGUGAUCACAAUGGAUGCUGAGAUGGAAUUCAGUUGUGAGAUGAAAUGGAAGGGGAAAGAUUUGUUUGAUCUUGUGUGCCGAACUCUCGGGCUCCGGGAAACCUGGUUCUUUGGCCUGCAAUAUACUAUUAAAGGAGUCCGUGCCUGGUUGAAAUUGGAGAAAAAGGUUUUGGAACAAGAAAUUCCCAAGGAAGAUCCAAUAAAAUUCUGUUUUUUGGCUAAAUUUUACCCAGAGAAGGUGGAAGAAGAACUUCUUCAAGAAAUCACUCAACACCUUUUUUUUCUGCAGGUGAAGAAACAGAUAUUGGAUGAAGAAAUCUAUUGUUCUCCAGAGGUCACAGUUUUGUUGGCUUCAUAUGCUGUCCAGGCUAAGUAUGGUGACUAUGACCCCAACUUUCACAAACCAGGCUUCUUAGCCCAGGAUGAACUGUUGCCCCAAAGAGUCCUUAAGCAGUAUCAGAUGACAGUCCACAUGUGGGAAGAAAAGAUAACGGCCUGGUAUGCAGAACACAGGGGUAUUGCCAGGGAUGAAGCUGAGAUGAACUAUCUGAAAAUUGCCCAAGAUUUGGCGAUGUAUGGUGUCAAUUACUUCCCCAUUGAACAAAAUAAAAACCACACAGAUCUCUUGCUUGGUGUGGAUGCUAAAGGGAUCCAUGUCUAUAGCAUCAAUAACCGGUUCUCUCCAAACAAAUCUUUUGAAUGGAGCGCUAUCAGAAACAUUUCCUACAGUGAGAAGGAGUUAACCAUUAAGCCACUUGACAAAAAGGCAGAAGUUUUCAAGUUCUUUUCAUCGCAGCUGAAGGUGAAUAAGUUGAUCCUACAGCUGUGCAUUGGAAAUCAUGACUUGUUCAUGAAGAGGAGAAGAGUGGACUCCAUCGAGAUUCAGCAGAUGAAAGCGCAAGCCAAGGAAGAGAAAGCUCGGAAGAAAAUGGAGCAUCAGAGGCUGGCCAGGGAGAAGCAGCUCAGGGAAGAGGCCGAGAGAGCCAAAGAGGAGCUGGAAAGGCGGCUGUUUCAGCUGGAAGCCGAGGCCCGACAAGCCAGCGAGGCCUUGCUCCACUCCAAAGAGACCGCAGAGCUGCUGGCAGAGAAGGCGCAGAUUGCUGAGGAGGAAGCCAAGCUGCUGGCCCAGAAUGCCGCCGAGGCCGAGCAGGAGCGCCAGCGGCUGGAGGUCACCGCCCUGAAAACCAAGGAGGAGAAGCGGCUGAUGGAGCAGAAAGUCAGGGAAGCAGAACUGCUGGCGGCCAAGCUGGUCAAGGAGUCAGACCUGAGAACCAAGGAAACGGAAUACCUGAAGCAGGACCUGAGCGAGGCCAGGGAAGCUGAGCGCCGGGCCAAGCAGCGGCUCCUGGACGUCAUCCGCCCCUCUCAAACUCACAUACACAGGUACCCUCAACCUUCCCCUAUUGGGAGUGGAGAUCUUGGAGUUGAAAAAGGAUGUACGAGAUUUGAUUUAAAGGAUAUUGACCUGAAGAGACUAUCCUUGGAAAUAGAAAGGGAAAGGUUAGAUUAUUUGGAAAAGAGUAAACAUUUUGAAUAUCGAUUAAAAGAACUGAAAUCUGAAAUACAUGCCCUGAAACUUGAGGAAAAACAAAAGGGACCAAUCUCUCAUUGGAAUGAAGUCUUUGGCUCACUAGACCUCACCUUGAGAAAGGCACCAUCAUGGAUUAAGCUGUGUGAAGCACAAGGUGGACAGGAUGAAAAUCUCCAGAGGCCAUUCCCUGCUUAUCCGCUAAACACUUUGAGUAGCUGGCCACGCAUCAACAACUGCCAUAGCAUGACAGGAGAAAAGUGUUCAGUUUCUAAUAACAUGGGAACAGGAACUCGCAAAAGUAUUGUAAAGGUUCAGCAACAUGACUCAGACGUGAUCUACAUUUGAAGUUUUGUGGACCCACAUCUUCCAGAGGGUGAAUACGUCUAAUUUGUGUAAAAGUACCUUCAGUGGGGCUUAAGAAUGACAUUAAUGGCCUUUCUACUUAUGGGCUGUAUUGUGUGCCAUGCGUCAGAGAGGCUUUAAAGGGAUAGUGAGGACUCUCUGGGAUGCUGCUAAUUUACAGGGUGGGCCAGGAAGAAAAGGAAUCCCUCCUUGGAAGAAGACUUAAUUCCUACAAGUUGUAUUGGCUUUGACUGGAACAGGGACUGAGCUCUCUGAUCACCUCUGUUGUUCCUUCUCUGGACUCUGAUGUUGGCCUUGCUUCCGAUGGAUGUACCCCCUUCUGCCUCUGGACCCUCUGCUCCCCAAGCCAGUGCUUGGCCGUUGGCUCUGGCUCCAUCUGUGCUUCUGGAUCCUCUCAGUGGGAACCUUCUUCCUCUGGCCUUCCUUGCUCCUUGGUUGCAACCUUGGACCUUAAACUCUUGUCUAGUACAGUUUUCCAAUCCUGGUCUCAGCAUUUUCAGGGAUGAACACUGUUUUUUUAAACCCCAACAUGAAUAUCUUAGCAAUUUAAAUAUUAACUUCUCUCUCAUGUUUUAACUUGGUGGUGAUCCCAUAAGAAAAUGUCAACCUCCAUUAGUUUGGUUUCUCUUAUGGGACUUAAAUCUUAGGCUGACAUCAAGAGAGAAGGUGGAGGCUCAAGUCUCCGGCCUCCAACUUCCCACCACCUGAUGGGAGCUCCCUGACUCCCCUCGUCCUCACUUCAGAAUUUCUCAGAAACCCUACUCCUCAGCGGAAGAGCCAGCCCUUCUCCUUAUCAGCGCCAAUCCCAGCUACCACAUCUUUCUCAUCUUUUUAAUGACUGUCAUGAGGAUUUCCAUUUGCUCCAGUUUCAGGUUUAAUCCUCGGUGAUCUGUCAUCUCUCAUGUAGUGGGUCACUGAGCCAUAGCCACUCUGCCUCUUGGGCCUCCUCUCCCUUCCCACUGUCGGGAUCCUAGCCCAGGCCCUAGCCUACCCACCCACACUACUGAAAGACACUCAACUUUGUUUCUCUUCCAGUUCUUUCUCCACUGGAGGACCAAACUAAUCAUCCUUAUGUGUAGACGUGUUCAUUAUCAUUUUUGUUCAGAAUACCCAAUGGUUCUCCAUAAUUUGACUUUACCCUGGCUUCUUUUUUAAAUGUUUUUCUUUUAAUCAUGAACUUUACAAACAUGAACAUUUCAAUAUAGAAAGAACAGGAAAAAAAAAGAUUAUAUGAAACUGUGAAUUUGUUAUAUGCAAUUAAAAAAAAAAGGAUGUAUACAUAUUUAAUAUGGAUGUACAAUUUAAUGUAUACAAGUGCCCUACUAAGUUUGUAUGCCCUUCUGAAAUUCCUUCUGUUCUCAUGUAUUUCUAAAUGUUUCUCUGAUCUUUCCUUUUCUUGCUUAGAAAGAUGGAUCCAUUGCCCAACUCUUUCCACCCACUAAAGCCCGCGUGAUCCCCAAGCAUAACCAAACUAAACAAAUCCACACAUUGGCCCUCUGUGAAAAUGUCUUCCUUUGCAUUUCUAGUCCUUCCUUUCUCUUCUGACGUUGUGAUCCUUCACUGCAUUGGCCAGAGUUCUGCCCUCUUUUGCCAUUAUUUCCUUUCCAUGAUUGUUAUACUUGGGUAAAUUGUUUUUCUGGUUCUGCUCACUUCCCUUUAUACAUUUUUCACAUGGGUCUUCCUAGCUUGUUUAAAUCAGUCAGUUAUUACUCUUUCCCCUACCCCCAUUCUCCUGACCAACUGCCUUUGCUCCCAUAGUUCUAUCCUCCUGUUAAGCUUCAUUGAUUCUAACUCAUCCUUUGUAAACCCCAUGGAAUGCUUCCUUUUCCCACAAACCUUCUUUGACACCUUUCUAUAUCUAACAGUAGCCCAAGCUAGACUCCCCAUACAUCGCACUUUGUUCCUCCAUUAUGUACUUACAAUGUGUUAUUUUGUAUUUAUAGUUAUUUAUGUUGUGUCCCUUACUAGAUCAUUAGUUUCCUAAGGUGAAGAACUGUGCUAUAUGAUCCUAUCCAACUUAUAUCAUUAUCUCAUUCAGUACCAAACCCAAGUCUACACAGUAAACUGAGUAUUUGUUGAAUUGAGUUGCACGAGCAAUGAGUCAUCUCAAGAAUCACAUCAAAUCAAACGAUUUCAGUCUUGAAUGAAGAAUUUUUCACUCAUCAGAAUAUUUCAGGCUCAUCAAAUAGAGACUUAAUUUGCUUUUUGAUUUUCAGGCAGUGCUCUUUCAAUAGAUAUGAUACAGAACUGAACACAGCUCAUCCUCCUUUUGUUUGAGGAACCUAUCCAAAUCUGGUGUAUUUUUCUAUUCAACAAACUACUAUUGAACACCUACUGUAUAUUAAGUUUGGUGCUGAACUGUUACUAGAAGUCAAGAAUUCCCCAGCUGGUCAACUACUGGGCUGUUGGAGUUCUCAGAAACCCUGACUCAAAACUUAGGGGAUCACAAUUGAGAUCACAGAAGUUCCCCAAGCAAAAAACAAUGGAUCAAGUAAUAUCUCAGUUUAUUAUUAUUUAGAUACUGAAAAUAAUACGUAGUAGACUGAAUCACAAAGGCUUUUAUUACACAUCUAGAAAACCUAUAGUUAACUCUUGUGAAGCUGCAGAUGGGUGCUAACAGCCUUGCUACAGAACUGGAACUGGGUGCUUCUGCAACUGCCCCAGGCUCUGAUCUGCUUGGUUCUGGAAGCACAGCCAACUUUUGAUUGUCCAGGUAAUACCACAGAAGCCACUGGCCUCUGGCCAAGUGCUUGUCAUGGUCCUUAUAAAAUUAAAUUUCAGUGGUCUUCCUGAGGAGUGAAAAUACUUUUUAUUUUUAAAAAUUUUAUUAAAUUUUAUUUUGUUUAAAUAUUGAUAGUUCUCCCCUCGUGGCCUUUCUUGCAAAAAAACCAAAUUUCCAUGUUGGCUACACCCAUAAAGGUAAUUUGUCUUUAGUCCAUCCUUCAUCCAACCCUUUAAAAUCCCAGUUAGCCAUACACAGCAUUCUGAAGGCUUUCAGAGUUGUUUUUACAGCAUUGUCAUUGUAUGAACCAUUCUCUUGGUUUUGCUCAGUUCACAUACGUCUUACUGUGGUGUUCUUACACUCAUAUGCUAUUUGUCCAGCCAUUCUACCAUUGAUGCUCUUAGUGUUGAGCGUUUUACUACCACAAAAAGAGAGCUGCUAUAAAUAUUUCACUACCUGUUAGUCCUUUCCCUUUCUCUUUGGUCACUUAGGCCUAUUAACAGUAGAGACAGGUCAAAGGAGAAUCAUAGUUUAGUGAUGUUUUGGGCACAGCUCCCAUGCUUUCUAAAAUGGUUAUUACCAGUCCACCAAAAGGGCACUAACAGACUUGUUUCCCUCCAGCCUCUCCAUCAUUUGUCACUUUCUUUUGAUUGCCAAAUCUGUCAAUAUGAUGGAUGGAAAGAAUCAUGUUUCCUCUAAUUGCAUUUCUCUAAUUAUUAGUGAUUUGGAGCAGCUUUCCAUAUGGCUGUUGCUAACUUAGAUCUCUUCCUUAGAAAACUGCCUUUUCAUGUCUUUUGACUAUCACCAAUAUGUCCUCAUAAAUGUUAUGUUUUAUCCAUUAAUUGACAAAAUUCAUGCUUGUAGAAAAUCCUUAUUAGGACAACACCCACCAUUCAUUUGAGUGAAUUCCUGGUACAGGCAAGGAGGGGCUCUGCCUGUCACUAGGAGUUUAAGUGAGAUUGCCUCACAGGCCAAAUUGAGCAUUUGCAGUUAUAGACAUGGGUGUUAUCAAAUUAGUGUAUCUGCCCAAUUCAGUGAUCCUCCAAGAAUUUUAUCAUGGUUGACAAGGCCCCGAGUAAAUGCACUUACUAUACUUUUGAUCCCUCAAAUCAGGUGUUGUGCUACUUUCAUUUUAGCCCUCAUGCUAAAGAUGAUUGUGUGUGGGGUUAUUCUGUUUGAACAUUUCACUACAAGUCCCAUUAAAGUCAUCAUCUUGAUCGAUAAGAAAUAACUAUAUUAUAGAGUGAAAAAAGAAGCACUAUAGCACUACGAUUAACGAUAAAUGCAUUUAAUGCCAACUACAUCAUUUGAUAAGCUUUAUAGGCAAACUAAACUGAUUACAAAAAAAUCUUGGAUAGAACAGUAAAGUUGAUUUCAACUUGUUGGGCCCUCUUUGCGCGUGUCAAAUACCAUCAUUAAUAUUCCUUUCCAUACAUAUUAAGCCAUAAUAAUAUUGUAUUGUACUAGAAAGAAUGCAAAACUUGAAAUAAACAAUUCUGGCAUAAAAUAA